AUGGGAAGAGUGGAAAUUGAUGAGAAGUUAACUGUUCAGAGAGUCUAUACUUUGUUGUCACUGUGGAUUAAACAUGCGACUUAUUUUUGUUUGUUUAUGAAGGGAGAUGUUUAUCCAGUAGAGACAAUUGUUGACUUCUCAGUCAGUCAAGUUCUUGAUGCUCACUGGGGUGUCCUCAACGAUGAAGACACAAGUGGGCUGCGCUCACACACUUUAUCAAUGCUUGUUAAUGACUCUCCUGGAGUUCUCAAUAGAGUAACAGGGGUUUUCGCUCGAAGAGGAUAUAAUAUUCAAAGUUUGGCUGUUGGCCAUGCUGAAGUUGAGGGACUUUCUCGCAUUACAACAGUUGUACCUGGUACUGAUGAAUCCAUUAGCAAGUUGGUGCAGCAACUUUAUAAGUUAGUAGAUCUUCAUGAGGUCAGAGAUUUUACCCACUUGCCAUUUGCUGAGCGAGAAUUGAUGUUGAUUAAGAUUGCUGUGAAUGCUGCUGCCCGGCGCAAUGUUCUUGACAUUGCCAGCAUUUUCAGAGCCAAAGCUGUCGAUGUGUCUGACCAUACAAUAACCCUUGAGCUUACAGGGGAUUUGGACAAGAUGGUGGCUCUGCAGAGAUUGUUGGAGCCCUAUGGCAUUUGUGAGGUGGCACGAACAGGGCGUGUUGCUUUGGUACGUGAAUCAGGGGUUGAUUCCAGAUACCUUCGGGGAUAUUCUUAUCCGUUGUAG